AUGGACGACAUGCAGGAGUUCGGCUACAACCGCGAGGCAGGGUUCAUGUGGCUCGUUCGGGGGAAGAAGAAAAAAACGAAGCACACGUUUAAGAAGAUCAAGCAAACGGUGUCAUACGCCGGCGAGGUGACGGCGUUCAUGGAGAAAGGCAAGCUGAAGAUCGCAGGGGUGAAGACCAAGGAGCUCAUGAUCUGGCUCAGCGUCGUGGAGGUGUACGUCGACGAGUCAGCUCCUGGCAAGGUGACUUUCAAGACGGGCACUGGGCUAUCUGACUCCUUUGAUGCAACUGCGUUUGAGCUUGGCAUGUGA